UGUAGAUGAAGUUGUCAAGGGUCAGUAUAGAAGCUCCGAUGCAAGUGUUUCCUCUUGGUUUUUUCAGAAUUGUAAAUGGAGGGGCUUCCUUUCUUCACCUUCUUUUGCUCUUUGAUUUCUUCCUCAAUCUUCUUGAAAUUUUGUGUCGCAUCAGAUACCAUAACUCCAACCCAGUCCAUGGUUGAUGGUGAGACUUUAGUUUCAUCAGGCCAAAGGUUUGAACUAGGCUUCUUCUCGCCUGAAAACUCCAAGAACAGGUACCUAGGAAUAUGGUACAAGAGUGCCCCACAUACAGUUGUGUGGGUGGCAAACAGAAACAACCCCAUCACAGAUUCACAUGGAGUUUUAACUAUCAGCAUAAACGGAACACUUGUUCUUCUCAACCAGGAAGGGAGCGUGGUCUGGUAUUCGGGUUUAUCAGGAAUAGCAGAAAAUCCAGUUGCACAGCUCCUAGACUCUGGAAACUUUGUUCUGAGAGAUAGUCUUAGCAAGUGUUCUCAAAGCUAUCUCUGGCAGAGCUUUGAUUACCCAUCUGACACACUGUUAGCUGGCAUGAAGCUAGGCAGGACCUCCAACCCUGAUCUAGAACGAUAUUUGAUAUCAUGGAAAAGCCCUGAUGAACCAUCCAAUGGAGACUUCACUUGGAGAUUAGAUACUCCCAGGCUGCCUCAACUGGUUGUUGCAACGGGAUCAACCAAAAAGUACCGCACUGGGCCAUGGAAUGGAAUUCGAUUUAGUGGUAUUCCGGUGUUUCCCAACGAGCAGCACUAUUCACACAUAAUGAUCUUUGAUAAGGAGAAUGCAUAUUACAUGCUUUCAUUUGACAACUACUCUGCUAAUACGAGAACAACCAUCAAUCACUCAGGCUUCAUCCAAUGGCUUCGAUUGGAUGAACACAAUGCGGAGUGGGUUCCUUUGUACAUAUUACCAUAUGACCCAUGUGACAAUUAUGGACAGCGUGGUGCUAAUAGCAUUUGCAGGAAUUCCAGAACACCAAUCUGA